AUGGAUAUAGUCCGUUUUAAAGAGGAGGAUACUAACAUGUUAUGCUGUGAAUCCUCGAGUAAUGUACUGGAUAAUGAUUGUAAAACAUUUUAUUUAUUAAAUCCAGAUGGUAUUCUGGAUUCAGUAGCAGGGUUAGAAAAUUUAUAUAUAUCUUAUAUGAACAUAUCAUAUAAACCUAUUAUAUGUUAUAAAUGUUUAUCAUUUUUUGAAUGUGAAAAUAAUUAUAAUUUUAUAAGGUGUCCGAAAUGUAAAAUAAUAAAUUCUGUAGUACCUCAUGAUAAAUUAGGAAGAAAAGUUAUUAUAGUUAUAUGCUACCAAUGUAAUAAUAGAAACAUAACGAAUAUAGAAUGUAUCUAUAUUCGUUGUUAUUUAUGUAAUUCUCUUAAUUAUUCCAAGUAUUCACCUUUUAAUAUAAAUAGUACUAAUAUUAAUAUAGAUGAAACAAAAUAUGACACGAAAUUUAAUUACAAAGAUAAGGAAAAACAUAAAAGAGAACAAAAAGAAAAAAAGAAGAAUAAAAUAAAAUAUAACAAUAAUAAUAAUUAUUAUUUUAAAUAUAAUAGUUCAAAUAAAAAUAAACAUAAUUAUACAAGUAAAAAGAAUAAAAAUAAUAUGGGAAAGAAAAUAAUCAACUUAUUUAGCCUUUCCAAUAUGUUUACAUGUGUUAAACUUCCAAAGGAUGAUACAUUAACAAGUGUUAUAUCGUCCAUCGGAGAAAAAGAAAUUCAUAGUGAUUUUAGAUACAGUAGAAAAGAUAGUAUCCGAAGUAUAAAUACAGAAAAUAAUAGUAUAUAUAAUAGAUACCGUAUUAAUAGUAUCACAAGUAUAAAUGAUAAUACUAGUCAACAUAUGAAUAAUGAAGAGAAACAACAAAACGAAGAUUUUAUAUUUCAUCCUAAUGAUUUUUUUAAUAAUGACAAUUUUAAUAAUUAUUUAUAUGGAGAAAGAUUAGAUGAAGAAUACAUAUAUAAUACUAAUAGUAACAACAACAAUAAUAAUAAUAAUAUUAACAAUAAUAAUAAUAAUAUUAACAAUAUUAACAAUAAUAAUAAUAAUAUUAACAAUAAUAAUAAUAAUAAUAAUAAUAUUAACAAUAUUAACAAUAAUAAUAAUAAUAUUAACAAUAAUAAUAAUAAUAAUAAUAGUCAACGUAAAUAUUUUUCUAACGAACCUUCCCAUGGUUAUGUACCUGAUGGAAGAUUUAUUCAAGAUGAUAAUAGAAAAAAAUUUAUUAAAACAAGUAAUAAUAACAAUAAUAAUAGUUAUAAUAAUUAUAAUAACUAUAAUAAUUAUAAUAAUUAUAAUAAUUAUAACUCCAAUGAACCUUUUAAUAAUGAAUAUAUUAGGAAUCCAACGAAUAAUUAUAACAACAUAAAUAAUAAUUAUAUACAAAAAGGUAAUAAUAAUUAUAUAAAAAUGAAUGAAAAUAGAAAUAUGUACAUGAAGGAUAAUAACAAAGGUAUAUACAAUAAUAAUAAUAAUACGAUGAUGAUGAAUCAAGAUUAUAAUAAUUAUAAACAAAAUUAUUAUACAAAUAAUCAACAAGGAUCAUGGAAUAAAGAUAAUAAAAUAUAUUCAUCAAAUGAUUAUAAGUCAAAUAAACAAGAUAAUUAUUAUGACCGUAUAGGAGGACUUGUAGAAAAUGGUAAUGUUAAAAAAAAAGCUAUGAUAUUCAAUAAUAUGACACAUGAUUCUUCUUCUAAACAUCAUAUUUCUAAAAAUCAAAACCAUUUGGAUAUGGAAAAACAAAAAGAAUGUGAUGUCAAGGCGUGUAUUGAAUAUUUUAAUAAACUAAAAAAAGGUAAUGAUAUUAAUAUUAAAACCAUACUAGAACGUGGUAAUUAUAAAGAAUUAAAUAUACCAAAAGAACAUUUAGAAAACGGACUCUUUUAUAAAAAUGUAGAAUUCUAUCAAAAACAUAAUUUAAAAAAUUAUGUAGAUCAUUAUAUUAAACCAAAUGCAGUAAUGGAAAAUAAAAAUAAUAUGAAUAAAGAUUUUUCGAAGCAUAAUAGUAAUGAAUAUUAUAAAAAUAAACAUCUUAGUGCUAAUAAUAAAAAUAAAAGUUCAGAUAACUCUAAUAUUCAUAAAUCAAAUAAUAAAAAUGAAGAAGAAAAAAAUAAAAAAAAUAAACGUUCAGCAAAUGAUUUAUAUGAUACUAAACGUGCUAAUGCAGAUCAUGACGAUAAUAUAAAUAAUAAGAAAAAAAUAAAAAACGAAAAUGCACGAAAACCUACAUUUUACACAAAAGAAGAAUUAAUCAAGGACUUUUUUCGUUAA